AUGAUUAGAAUAAAAAUUAUUCUUCUGUUUAUAUUUCCCUACUUAUUUCUUAAUAUAAGUGGUUCUGUCAAAAUUCUAAAUAAUGAUGCUUUAUAUAACUGUUCUAGUGUAUUAUGCUCAUAUGAUAAAUUGUCAAAUAUUCAUGAAAACUCAAAGGCUAUAUUAACAGAAUUAGAAAAUCUAUUAUUCGAUGUGCGUGAUGAAAAAAGCGUACACCAAUCAGAAAAUGAAUACAAUAAGAGACUAGAUCUUGAAAUAAAAUUCCCAGAUAAGAAAGAUUAUGAUAAUUCGUUAUAUUUAUCAUCAGAUCAAGAUUAUGAGAAUGAAAUGAAUUACAUGAACCCUGUACCUUAUAUAAUUAUUAAUAGCUUGGACUCAGAUGAUUUGAAAAGAUCUAUACUAAAUGAUGAUAUAAAUGAAUUAGACAAUUUAGAGGAAAGAUCUUUGGCAAAUGACGAGGAAAUCGAUCUCGCCUUUUCUAAAAUUCUUCAACUCAAGGAACAACAAAAUCGUCCCCAAAAGGAAAAGAACAAAUUUAGUUUAAAGAAGUUUCUAAGAUAA